GAGAGCCGCAGCUGCUCUGGGGACAGCGGACUAAACGUUUCAGGGGCUUCUCCUACCCAUCGGCCGGUGGCUGUUUGCCCGGUGUGGCCUUGGGGCUGAGUGGUCAGGGCUCGGCCCGCGGCCACUCUCCCAAAGCGGCAGCCAUGGUCCACUGCUGGAAUCAUGGGAACAUCACCCGUUCAAAGGCCGAGGAGUUGCUCUCCAAGACCGGGAAAGACGGGAGCUUCCUAGUGAGGGCCAGUGAAUCCAUCUCCCGGGCAUACGCUCUCUGCGUCUUGUUUCGGAAUUGUGUCUAUACCUACAGAAUUCUGACCAAUGAAGAAGAGAAAUUCACUGUCCAGGCAUCUGAAGGGGUCCCCGUCAGAUUCUUCACCAGUCUGGACCAGCUCAUAGAGUUCUACAAGAAGGAGAACAUGGGCCUGGUGACCCAUCUGCAGUAUCCUGUCCCGCUAGAAGAAGAAGACGCUGGAGACGAGCUGGAGGAGGAAACAGAAUUCUUCAUCUCACCGCCCGAGCUGCCGCCCAGGAACCUUCCCCCAGCAUCGGGCUCAAGUGAGGCCAAGGAAGUUGCCCUUCCCGCAGAUAAUUCCCGAGUCAUGGAACACAGCGCGUUAUCUCUGUCUGAGACGCUGCUUCAGCGCCUGCAGGGCCUGGACACCAGUGGGCUUCCUGAAGAGCACUUGAAAGCCAUCCAAGAUUAUGUGAACACACAGAUGGCCCUGGAUGCUGAAUUUGUGAAGACAGGAUCCAGUAAUCUCCCCCAUCUCAAGAAACUUGUCAUGGUCCUCUGCAAAGAGCUCUACAGUGAGGUUGCCAGGACCCUCCCAUCGCUGGAGUCCAUGCAGAGGUUAUUUGACCAGCAGCUGUCCCCGGGCAUCUGGCCUCGGCCUCAGAUGUCUGCAGAGGCAAAUCCAGUCAACAUCAUAGCCAGGCUUGGCCAGCUGACCAGUUUACUGUCCUCUCUUGAAGAUAAGGUAAAGGCAUUUUUGGGAGAAGGUCCUGAAUCCACUCAUCGACGUUCACUCAUCCCUCCCGUCACCUUUGAGGUAAAAGCAGAAUCCUUAGGAAUUCCACAAAAAAUGCAGCUUAAAGUUGACGUUGAAUCCGGGAAACUGAUUAUCAAGAAAUCCAAGGAUGGCCCCGAGGACAAAUUCUAUAGCCAUAAGAAAAUCUUACAGCUUAUCAAGUCCCAGAAGUUUCAUAACAAGCUCGUCAUCAUCGUGGAAACAGAAAAGGAGAAAACCUUGCGGAAAGAAUAUGUCUUUGCUGACUCAAAGAAAAGGGAGGGUUUCUGUCAGCUUCUGCAGCAGAUGAAGAACAGGCAUUCUGAGCAGCCAGAGCCCGACAUGAUCACCAUCUUCAUCGGGACCUGGAACAUGGGUGACACUGCUCCUCCCAAGAAGAUCACAUCCUGGUUUCUCUCCAAGGGGCAGGGAAAGACCCGGGACGACUCAGCUGACUACAUUCCCCAUGACAUCUAUGUGAUUGGCACCCAGGAGGACCCCCUGGGGGAUAAAGAGUGGCUGGAGAUUCUGAAACACUCCUUGCAGGAAAUCACUGACAUCAGUUUUAAAACAAUAGCCAUCCACACUCUCUGGAACAUCCGAAUUGUCGUGCUGGCCAAGCCAGAGCAUGAAAACAGGAUCAGCCACAUCUGCACAAACAAUGUGAAGACUGGGAUCGCCAACACUCUUGGUAAUAAAGGAGCUGUGGGUGUCUCAUUCAUGUUUAAUGGAACCUCCUUGGGAUUUGUCAACAGUCACUUAACUUCAGGAAGUGAAAAGAAACUUAGGCGGAAUCAAAACUACAUGAGCAUCCUUCGGUUCCUGGCCCUGGGAGACAAGAAGCUGAGUCCCUUCAACAUCACUCACCGUUUCACACACCUCUUCUGGCUGGGAGACCUGAACUACAGACUGGAGCUGCCACCCUCGGAAGCAGAGAACAUCAUCCAGAAGAUCAAGCAGCAGCAGUACUCAGAGCUGCUGCUUCAUGACCAGCUCCUCAUGGAACGCAAAGACCAGAAGGUCUUCCUGCAUUUUGAGGAGGAAGAGAUCACCUUCGCUCCCACCUACCGCUUUGAAAGGCACACCCGUGAAAAGUAUGCCUACACUAAGCAGAAAGCCACCGGGAUGAAAUACAAUUUACCAUCUUGGUGUGAUCGUGUGCUCUGGAAAUCCUAUCCCCUUGUGCAUGUGGUAUGUCAGUCUUAUGGCAGCACCAGUGACAUCAUGACAAGUGACCACAGUCCUGUCUUUGCCACAUUUGAAGCAGGGGUCACCUCCCAGUUUGUCUCCAAGAAUGGUCCUGGAAAUGUGGACUCCCAAGGACAAAUUGAGUUCCUGAAGUGCUAUGCCACCUUGAAGACAAAGUCACAGACAAAAUUCUACCUGGAAUUCCAUUCCAGCUGCCUAGAAAGUUUUGUGAAGAGUCAGGAAGGAGAAAAUGAAGAAGGAACGGAAGGGGAGCUGGUGGUGAAGUUUGCUGAUGACCUCCCAAAGUUGACCCCUAUCAUCUCUGACCCCGAGUACCUGUUGGAUCAACACAUCCUCAUCAGCAUUAAAUCAUCGGACAGCGAUGAAUCCUACGGUGAAGGCUGCAUUGCUUUGAGAUCCGAAGCCACUGAAUCCGUGGUUCCCAUCUACACUGCCCUCACCCACCAUGGAGAGAUGAUGGGUCACUUCCGAGGGGAAAUUAAGCUGCAGACCUCCCAAGGGAAGAAGAGAGAAAGGCUCUAUGACUUUGUGAAGACGGAGCGAGAUGAGGCCAUUGGGCAGAAGUCCCUGAAGAGUCUCACGAGCCAUGACCCCGUCAAACACUGGGAGUGUCCCUCCAGAGCUCAUUUCAAUGGCUCCAACUUCACCGAGAUCACCAACCCCAACUAUCUAGGGAUGGGACAUUUCAACCUGCAGAUGCCCUUCCACGGGAAGCCCGCCAUCUCAUCCGAGCUGCAGUCCACCUUCUGGAGCUAUGAUCAGCCUCCCAAAGACAGCCCCCCAGUUCCCAACUGGGGAGAGUCUCCCCCGACCCCACCCUCACAGCCCCCAUUGUCUCCAAAAAAGUUCCCUCCCUGCUCAGCAAACCGAGCUCCUAAUCUCAGGACCCAGGAGCAACUGCCCAGUGACUUGGGGAAGAACAUGGCGGAUCCCUUGCCAGCAGAGGAACAACAGACUUCAAAGCCGGAGAUGUUUGAGAAUCCACUGUAUGGAUCUGUGAGUUCCUUCCCUAAGCCGGUGCCCAGGAAAGAGCAAGAGUCCCCCAAGGCCUUGAGGAAGGAUCGCCCAGCCUGCCCGGACCCCGGAGCUCCAUCUCCAGCCAUCAUCCUCACAAAACCCCCAGAAGGCGAGAGCAGCAAGUUGGCCAGCCGGCAGAUCUCUGCCCCUUUCCUCCCCGUGCCCAGGAUGCGUUCCUUUACCUGUUCCUCCUCUGCAGAGGGGAAGACCACAUCGGGAGGGGAAAAGACCCAGGGAAAGCCCAAACCUCCCCCCCCCUCAGAAACCCCAGUCCCAGCCAAGAGGCCAGUCAAGCCUGCUAGGUCUGAAAUGAGUCAGCAGGGGAAUCCAGGACAGACACAUAGGCCUCCUCUGCCUGCCAAGAGUCCGGCUGUGUUACACCUGCAGCAUUCCAAAGCCCGGGACUACCGGGAGAGUUCUGAGCUCCCGCAUCAUGGGAAGCACUGGCCAGAGGAAGGACCGGUCAGCAGGACCUCGAUGCAGUGAGUGUCCCCAGCAGGCACAUCCUGAAAGAGAAGGUGGACAAGCCUCCCCCACACUCUCCAAUCUGAUGUUCCUGACAUCGUUUUCAAGGCUUUUUGUUUUCAAGAAAUGGACAAGGCUCCUCCGUGGCCACUGCAUUGCACUACUGGCUCACUGAGUGGAAUUGUUUGGGUUAGAAAAAGGAGAAAUCCAGACGGACUCCAAGACACCCAAGUGACCAGGCCACCUGUUACGAUUCCACAGGGGCCACUGCUGAUGCCUUAGAGCAUGGAUCCAGCAGCCAGCCAUCUCCAAAGGAGAGAAUAAGGUACAAAUGAGAGAGUGAAGAAGUCUGUCAACGAACCAAAGACGUGAGGCCCGGGCAUAUCCUAGGCAUUGAUUCCCUCUGAGGGACAUGUGGCCUGGGCAAAGCAUUAAUGGGGAUGACCGGGGCAGGUCAGGCAGGGAAGCAUAAAACAAAGCCUUGGGGACUAAACUAGGUGAAGAUAGGCUGAUGCUAUUCCCUUCCAGGCCAUGAGUUCACAGCCACUGACUUAGGGUACAAGGCAAUUUAUCUUUGGUGGUCACGGAGUCACAAAAUAGACUCGAUAAGGUCUUGGGCAGUUCUGGCUUCUUGGUGAGGUCAGUAGGAAAAGACUCCUUUUAAUUUGGCAUAGUAUAGAAUGCAGCGUAAGGAGACUCGAGGUUCAGUGUUAACCCCAAGGAACUUGGCUGAGCAAGAAAAGGAUGCCUUCCUCAGGCCAGGCCUGGCCUCUGAGGGAUGCUGAGAUCCAUCUCGAUGUCAGAAAUCUUUCCUUAGGUUUAUUAAGCACAAGGAGGUCUGGCCAAGCUAACUUAUUCCCAUUCUCCUGGAGAUAGAGUCUCACAUACCAACGGAUGGGGCUAGACUUCCCCUGACACUUAAUGACCUACUACCACCUGCUUCUAUACUGCUGCUCAAAUUGGAGGUAGUGCCCUUCCACCCAAUGUGUGUUACAAUGAACCCAUCUUGUUCUGGGUCCUGGACUAUUUCCACCUUUCUCUGUAACUGUCUCAGGAAUUCCCUUUGUGGGGUGAGUGGGAUAAUUAUUUAGUGAUUCCCCACCCCUCACCCUGUUCGAUUUUAUCUUAAAUGAGAAAAAAAUAUUAGUGUUGAAAACCAAGGUAUUGUGUGUGUGUGUAUGAGUGAGUGCCCUGGUAUGCCCACAUGUCAGUUUGUGUAUAGAAAUGUGUCAAUAAAGUCUGCUUUUCUCACUCGGC